AUAUUUUGGAGAGAGAAAAGCCAAGCAGCCAUCCUUCAAGAUCACCUCCUGUAUUCCUAGCUGGACAAGAGGAAACACAAAGAGAACCAUCCAGGUAUGGAGGCUCAAGGCUCUAGCCAUGAUAUCAGCCGGUUACUCUGCCUGGGAGUCAAGGAAGACUCGGAAGAACAGCAUGAUGUGAAAGCAGAGGCUUUCUUUCAGGCUGGAGAGGAGAGAGACGAGAAAGGUGCACAGGGUCAGCCUGGAGAGGGAGCAGUGGGAACAGAAGGCGAAGGAGAAGAAUUAAAUGGAGGAGAAGGCCACUUUGGUCCUGGUGUUCCAGGUCCUGUGGGUGAGGGGGACAAGGAUGGUGGCACCAGAGCUAGUGGCAUGGAGGAGGAGCAACAUGAGCCCGUUGCCGAGGGCACUGAGAGUGUGAAGUCUGAGGAUAAGCAGAUGCCACUCCGCCGCCCUGGGUCCACCCAGCGGCGGCUGGCGGAAUUGGAGCGCAUUUUGCUAAGCAGUGGUUCCUCCAGUGGCCCAACAUGGGAGGAGCUUGAUAGAUGGAUGGAUAUCAGUGUGUCCAGAGUGCAGAAUUGGUUUAAGAUUAGGAGGGCUGCAUACAGAAGAAAUAGGAGGCGGAGAACACCAAUCCCUGAACAUUUUAGAGCAACAUCUGGGUGCCCUGCUUGUCUUGGAGCAAGAUGGGGAGUAAGAUGUCCUUUUGCAACACCGAGAUUUUGAUCACAUAUGCCAGCCAUGACAACUCUUGCCUUUUAACAAUUCUGUCAGCAAUAAAGAAAUGAUUCUCAGUA